GAACAGUGUGAAGUUUUCAAACUAGAGGCAGUAAAGUAUUCUGAUCGACUAAAGUGGGUGUUGUAAGGGGCCCUGUUUAAUGAUUUAAUAGUAUAAAUGGACUAAAGUAAGGAAGUUGAUAUAAGCAGUGCCAAUAACAUCAUUCCAGGAUUGGUUGGAAGUGGAGACUUGGGCCUGAAGAGUGAUACUAACGGAGAAAUGUCACGAAAACCAAUCAAGUCGAUAAAUUGGGCGGCACUCAUCGAGAGGAUUCCGGAAUCUGAAAAAAAUGUAUUGGCCACGUUCAGAGCUAAAUCUGAUCAAUAUUUACGACGUAUGUUAGCUAACCCUGAAGCUCCACCAAAAAUUGACUGGGCAUUCUAUAGAAAAAGUGUCGCAACUCCUGGUUUAGUAGAUAAAUUUCAAAAAGAAUACGAAUCAUUGUCUAUACCUUAUCCAGCUGAUAAAUAUACAGCAGACAUUGAUAAUGAAGCAAAACAAAUGGAACAAAAAAUUGACGCAUUUUGCGAAAAUGCAGAUCAACAAAUCAAAGAGUUACAGUCAAAAGUAGACUACAUAAAGGGCCUAAUACCAUUCUCAGAGAUGACAAUGGAAGAUUAUAAAGAUUUGUAUCCAGAUCAUGCUUUUAAUCCUGAUAAACCUACAAUGUGGCCCCAUGAGUCAGAAGACCAAGAAGAGAACAAAGAUGAAAAGAGUGGUCAUUAACUGUAUUUCACGUGUUGACAUUUUCUUUAGUCCUGAUGUAAUAUCAACUGUUGAUAAUCCACAUUUUAUCAUUUAUACUACCAAUACAUUUAACUUUGGGUAGAAAUUGAAUUUAGCGAAUCUUUGAAAUUAUUGAAAUAAAAUCAUACAAUGUUAAAUAUACCGAAACAUAAAUUAAUUAAUUAUUUGGUAAGAUGUAUAAUGGAAGAUAUAUAAAGAUACAGUACAUCGUAUAAUUAAUUAAUGUAUUUAAAGCAUA